GACGGCACUCUAACUGGCCAUGAGGAGAAGAAAACACAUUCGCGAGUUACACACACGUGUAGAACAGAAACAUGGGCAAAAGAAAGCGAGGAAAUCAAGAAAUAACCAGUUUAACUAAGAAACAAAAGAAACAUCUAAAAGAAUUUGGAGAACAGCACCCUUUUCACGAUAAUGUUGUUGAUAGACCGGCAAAGACUCAGAUUUUGCGCUUGCCUGACAGUCCACAGCACCCUGAACCUGACAGUGAGGGAGACAGUGAUGAAGAGCAGCAGUCUGCUUAUCAGAAACUGCUGACCACCAUGAUCCAAGGUGCUGAUGACAACAGUGAAGACGAAGAAAGUGAGGAUGAGGAUGACGGAGAGGAAGUUGAAGGAGAAAGUGAAGAAGAGGAAGAGGAGGAGGAGGAGGAGGAAGGUAGUGAUGCUGAGGAGGAUUUAGAAGAAGAGGACGGCGAAACACCUGAUAAAUCACAAAACAAAGAACACCCUGAUAAGACAAAUGGAGAUGCAGAAGAGACUGAAGAGGUUGAGACGGAGGGAGAGUUUACAGAUAAGAAGAAUGAAGCUGCAUUCUGUCUGGAGACCAAUCUGCCUGCGGAAGGAGAGGAAAACAUGCGAGAGGAGGAAGACAUAUUUGCGAAGCACCAGGAGACUGAACUGAGUGAUGAGGAAGUGGGACGAAUCUUGCAAGGAUCAAAGAUCAAGACUCAGGUUAAGUGGCCGAAGCUGGGCACUCUGCAGUGUACGUGUCCACUGGAACGUUUCCCAGCCGUGGGGCAGCCCUCUUCUGCCCCGUUUCCAACCAUCCACAAAACCCUGGAGGCAAAUUGGUGCUUGUUAAACAAGUCCUUUGCACCUGAGGGAGGCGAUGUGAACGAUAUUACAGAGCUGCAGAAGGAAUUGCUUGGGCUCAUGGGUACUUACAGGGAUGUGCAUUUUACAAACAGCUCUCCCUUGAGGGAGGCCAAGGAAGUGCGGAGUGCAUACUGUCUUCAUGUGCUAAACCAUGUGUUAAAGGCAAACACUCGUGUGCUAAGAAAUAAUGCCAAGUUGAAGGAAACUAAAGAUGUGAAUGAGGAGUUUCGGGACCAGGGCAUUACUAGACCAAAGGUUUUGAUUCUGGUGCCAUUCAGAGAUGGAGUGCUGCGAGUGGUCCAGACCUUCAUAACGCUUUUAGAGCCCAAAGGCAAGAAGAUGGAUGUCAGUAACAAGAAGAGGUUCAAGGAAGAGUAUGGAGAGGAGCCUGGUGAAAGUCCGCCCAAACUGCAAAGACCUGAUGACUACCAUGCAAUCUUUUCUGGAAAUACAGAUGACCAUUUCAGGAUAGGUGUGUCUAUCAUGAAACGCAGUAUGCGUCUCUAUUCUCCCUUCUACUCUUCUGACAUCAUCAUUGCAUCUCCGCUGGGUCUGCGCACAGUUCUUGGUACCGACGGUGAGAAAAAGAGAGACUUUGACUUCCUGUCCUCCAUCGAACUUCUGAUUGUGGACCAGGCAGAUGUGUUCCUCAUGCAAAACUGGGAACACUUGCUGCAUGUGUUGAAGUGUUUGAAUCUGCAGCCGCUGGACUCUCAUGGUGUGGAUUUCUCUCGUGUGCGCAUGUGGAACCUGAACAACUGGGCGGCGAAUUAUAGACAGACGCUGGUGUUCAGUGCCAUACAAGAGCCUCAGAUCACCAACAUCCUUACCAAACACUCCCACAACUACAGGGGUCAGGUGUGCAGUAAAACUAUUCCAAAGGUGGGCUCAAUCUGUCAGGUUCUGGUGCAGUUGCCACAUGUGUUCCAGAUGUUUCACUCUGACAGCUUCAUGGACCAGGAUGCCAGGUUCCAGUUCUUUGUGGAUAAGAUCCUGCCCCAGUACAGAGACUCUGUCAUGUCCCACACUUUCAUCUAUGUGCCAUCGUAUUUUGAUUUUGUUCGCCUGCGCAACUACCUGAAGAAGGAAGACGUGAGUUUCGCUAGUGUCAGCGAGUACUCGCAGAGAUCAGAGGUGUCUCGAGCACGACAUUACUUCCAGAAAGGAGAAAAACAGUUUAUGCUCUUCUCUGAGAGAUUCCACUUCUACAAGAGAUACACUAUAAAGGGCAUCCAUAACCUGAUCUUCUACGGGUUGCCUACGUACCCUCACUUCUACAGUGAGGUGUGUAAUAUGCUUCAGGCUGGUGUCAGAGAGGGUGGUGGUUCUGUCAGCUUCACCUGCACAGCCCUUUACUCCCGAUAUGACAUGCAUCGUCUGGCUGCUAUCACUGGGGUCGACCGCGCCGCUCAGAUGCUCCAGUCCAAAAAAUCAGUGCACCUUUUCAUCACAGGGGAGGAGAAAAACACAUGACCUUGACAAGCGUGUAACAUUUUCAACCUCUCAGACAAAGAAAGUAAUCUGUGUUUGUGGUAAUGGACACUCCUUCAAAUAUACAAUAUACAGCUCAAGUCAUCUACAAAUAAAAUUCAGUCAUUUGACUAAAUGUUAUGAUCUUGUUUGCAUGUCUUUUUGUGUUCUUUUUUUAAUGUAGUCACAGCCCAUGUCUUUUUUUUUUUUUUUUUUUUCAUAAUUACUUUCAGAAGGUUUACAGGGCUCCACAAAAAGGAUGAGAAGUUCUGACCAGUUGAAGUGUCACCUGUCUUGUCAAAAAAGUGUUACAAUGUCACUAUAUCUUACAUUGAUCAUGAACGUGUUUUAAAUUGUAACAUCCAAUAACUAAACUUUUUGUUUAUUGAAUAUUGUUGUAAAGUGUGUUGAGCAACUAAUGCAUCUAUAUGUGCUCUUCAAGAGAUUUUAGGAUUUAAUCUCCUUUAAAGUUAAUGUUAAAUUAUGGCAUAAAUUAAAAAUAGUUAAAUACCAAAUAUCACAAAAAUAAUACAAAUAAAUGCAUCAUUCAUUCAAUUAUGAAAACAAAUAUUUAUUGUAGUUGUGGGGCCACUUAAAAAUCUACUGGUAAGCAGAAAAAAAUUCUUAGUUGAGCUACCUUCACUGUUCAGUGUAGUAAAUACACACAAGCUUUUAACAAUGUAGUAAUCACUGCUUGUUAUUGUGACUUAUUAAAUGACAUGAGCAAGAGUUAACUUCUAAUGAUCACGCUGGAAAUGACUAAUUCAUCUAAUUACCUCCCAAUGUGACAGUUCUGUAUGAAGUGGAACGUUUGCCAAUUUGGAUUAAAGUCCUAUUGUCUCAAA